AUGACAUUCAGCUUCAAGUCUUCAAAGUACCUGCUGAUUGCGCUCAACCUAUUAUAUUUGGUCGUUUCGUUCAUCCUCGUUGGUGUUGCUGCGUACGCCAGGCUAAGUAUUUAUGUGACGAGUGUUCAUAUUGUUGGUGGUAUAAUAGCUUGUGGAGUGUUUCUCUUCGUGCUCGCUGUGGUUGGUAUACUGGGAGCUAUCAGACAUAGCCAAGCAAUUUUAUUUUUCUAUAUAAUCCUUCUUUUCAGCUUGUUUCUUGUCCAGUUCUCUGUAGCAUGUGCAUGUCUAUCGAUUCCCAGUGAUUAUCAACAAAUUCUGGUUGAAACAACGUGGAAACAAAGUCCUGAUAGCGUGAAAUUAACUGUUAUGAAGGCAUUCCAGUGUUGUGGUCUACAGAGACUUGAAUUCUCUUCAUCGGACCCAUUAGGCUAUCCACCGUGCAAGUUAGCUGACCUGCCCUGUUGCAAUACACCUGAAGGUCAGAAAGCUGCAUGCUGCCAAGGUUCAAUUUUACCACCUAGUAGGAAUAAUAGUUAUUGCCCUUGUACUAAGACUUGUUGGCCUGAGAUCGAAGAGCGACUGUCUACUGCUGUUCGAGUCACGGGUGCCACUAGCCUUUUCUUCAGUGUUGUUGAACUGUUAGGUGUUUGGAUAGCACUUCGUUAUCGCCAUCAACGUGAUCCUCUUCUAGAUCCCAACAGUGUUCUUUGA